CUUCAAUGGGAUUUUCAGCUUCUUGGCUUAGAAUUUGAUGGACUGUAUUGUUGCAACUUUAAUCACUUUCUUCUCUGAGACCGAGAACCCAACUCCAUAUCAUCACCGCAUAUCUCAGACUGUUCUUGUCUUUUUGAUCUUGCCAGGUCUGACUGAACCAAAAAGAAUCCAUGGAGAGGAACAGUUUUAGUAACAGCCUGAAAGACCAUAGUAUUGGAAAUAAAGCCAUUAAAGACAGCAGCAGCAACUACGACAACCAGAACAACUUCAAGCUUAAGGAUACAUGGAGCAGUAAUAAUCAAGGUUUUGGAGAAGAUUAUCUAGCUGGGUUUUCAUGGCCACCAAGGUCUUACACUUGCAGCUUCUGCAAGCGAGAAUUUAGAUCUGCUCAAGCUCUGGGUGGUCACAUGAAUGUUCACAGGAGAGACAGAGCCAGGCUAAGACAAUCACCUCCAGGGGAUCAUGGUCAGCCCCCUUGUCUGAACCUUAACCUUAACCCUAACCCUAACCCUAAUUUAUCUUCCUCACCCUUGGUUUCUUCUCCAUUCUCAUCCACAUUACCUUCCCUGGUUUCUGCUCCUCUUUCUUCUUUAUCUUCUUCUUCUGCUUCCCCUAGUCAUGAAAUGAAGAAAUGGCGAGUGAAUGGUACCCUCAUGGAUCCUUUGAGCUCGAAAGGCUCGGAUUCAACUAACAUGACCAAGGGUGGAAAAUCGUUUUAUGGAGUCAAAGAAUUCAAAGAUUACGAGUGUAAUAAGUUCCUGAAGAAGACUGAGUUUGUAAAGUUGGACUUGGACUUGGAGAUCGGUCUGGUUAGUGAUUCCAAAGACGAUUUGGAUUUGGAACUUCGAUUGGGGUACUCUUAGUUAUUUGAUGAAUUUGUUGCAGCUUUGUCAACUAACAUCCUAGACUGGGUGCUUCCAAUUUGGCAUAUGCAUUCACCAGUCUGUGAUCAUUUAUAAGCUUCAUUUGUUUACCAUGCACUGGGAAAUCAACUCAAUCAUGAAGCUGCAAUGCUACAUAAAUAUGUCUUAUCAGUUUGCUUAAAUGUAAGAAUAUUAUAGCCGAAUGUACUAGUCUCUCAUGACUCUCAUCAUCCGGCCCCUCAGCAGUAGGAAUCUACCAUGUAGUUUAUACCUACCAUAUAUUGACAAUUUAGUUUUAUGUUUAA